AUGCCAGAUGGUGAUGAGUGCUUUUUGCCGCCGUCGUUAGAAGCUUCCAUUGCGAGGUCACAAACCGCCUCAGCACCGGUGCCAAAGGUAGCUGCUGGGUAUGCGCAAAGCGGAAACCAGCAGGUUCUACCCCCGACUUCGGGAUCUUCAGGCGCCGCUCAAUACCCACAUGUUCUACCCGAUGGUGCACAUGAACAUCAUGCCCAUGGUCCACAUGGCUGUUGUCAUGGCGACCAUGGUGAGGACGAGGAGGAUGCACACUACAAAGAAGUAUGCUAUUCACUACUGUCAUAUGCCGAGGACGCGGCAUCUGAGCUGAUGACGAUCGCAGAAACCUUUCACAUUCCCGAUCCCAGGGAUCAGGCCAUGAUGAAGCUGAAGGUGGACGACUUGAUGAACGAGAUGAAGCAAUGCAUCGUGGUCAACGAUCAUUUUUUGAAAAUGCUGGUCCUCUCCGAUUUGGACGCUCAAGACUAUUGGCAGAUGCCACCUGAUCACCAAGUGCAGGAGAGGAAUAGCAUGAAGGCUCGCACAGUCUUGAGACAGUUUGUGAGAGACUGGGGAGACGAAGGUGCUCAGGAGCGAGACGUCCAAUAUGGUUGCUUGCUGGAUGCGCUUGAACGUUACGUGCCAAAGAAUGCACGGCCGUCAGGUGGAAAGCCACGUGUCUUGGCGCCUGGAAGUGGUCUUUCACGCUUGCCCUUCGAAUGUGCUCGUCGUGGCUAUGCAGCGCAAGGGAAUGAGUUUUCCUAUCACAUGCUGCAGGGCUGCAAAUGGGUCCUGAACGAGACCGACCGCGAGAAGAGCCAUGUGAUCUAUCCUUUCGUCUUGAAUCUGGAGAACCGGCGAAAUGCACUGGAUCAUGUGCGUCCGGUGGCCAUUCCUGAUGUCUGCCCAUCCAGAAUCCUUUGCCCACCCGGUGUAGACCCGAAUCCAGAGGACUUUUCCAUGUGUGCCGGCGAAUUUAUCAAUGUCUAUGAGGACCAGAUCGCAGAGUGGGAUGCCGAUAAUGAACUUUCUGGGAAGCAUGAAGCCUUGGAAGCUGCACAACUGCUGACUUCACAUUCAUCGCCCAAGGCGGUCUUGACGUGCUUUUUCCUCGACACCGCCAAGAACGUGUUUCUGUACAUUCGAACCAUCGCAGACAUCAUUAGGCCAGGUGGUCUUUGGGCAAAUUUUGGCCCGCUGUUGUACCACUACGCGGAGCAACCCGACCAGGCCGCCUGA